GUGAAAGCAUAAUUAACACUGAAAGAUAUAUACAGAUCUUAGAGCAACAUAUGCUGCCUUUCAGACACCUCUUGUUUAUUUCAACACAACAAGAUGCCACGAUCUGCACGUGUUACAAUAGCAUGGCUGCAUAGAGUGCAGGUGCUAGACUGGCCUGCCUGCACUCCGAAACUGUCUCCCAUUAAAAAUGUGUCUUAUUAAGCUUAGGAUAUGACAACAAAGGCACUGUGAUGGGUGUCACUAGAGAUUCAUGGAAAGGGGAGCUAAGCCUGUACUAGAUGGGUCUGAAGGUAUGGUACUCCAUGAAAUUUUUUUCAAUGGCCCCAAAAUGUCUGUUUAUUAUUAACUUUUAGAGUAGGAACACAGAAAAUUUAUCAAAAAUAGCUAUUUGGUCAAAUUGGCACACAGUAGAUCUAUAACUUUGUAGUUUGUAUUAAGCACAGAGCUAGUAUGACAAACACUACAUUCAUCCACUAACAACAGGCAUGAUGUAAAGCAAAGGUACUGAAGUCACAAAAUGCUAUCUCCAAGGUUCUAACUAUAUUAUUCAAAUGCACAGAUUAUAGAUCAGUUCAGUCUUGGUGCAAUCUACAUUUUAUGUAUCGUUAGUAAGUUUCUGGUAGCACAGCAGAGGCAAUGCUGCAUUAGAGCAGCAGCAGCACCUCCCCCAGGUCAUGCCCUGUUAUUACAAUUUAUAGUGAAUACAGUGAGAAUUUAUAUUGAGAAUAAACUAUAGAUGAUCUGAACUGUACAUAAUGUAUGUUUAUUUGGGGAGGAGGGCUAAAUAACAUAGCAUAGCUAUUUGGUCAAAUUGGCACACAGUAGAUCUAUAACUUUGUAGUUUGUAUUAAGCACAGAGCUAGUAUGACAAACACUACAUUCAUCCACUAACAACAGGCAUGACGUAAAGCAAAGGUACUGAAGUCACAAAAUGCUAUCUCCAAGGUUCUAACUAUAUUAUUCAAAUGCACAGAUUAUAGAUCAGUUCAGUCUUGGUGCAAUCUACAUUUUAUGUAUCGUUAGUAAGUUUCUGGUAGCACAGCAGAGGCAAUGCUGCAUUAGAGCAGCAGCAGCACCUCCCCCAGGUCAUGCCCUGUUAUUACAAUUUAUAGUGAAUAUAGUGAGAAUUUAUAUUGAGAAUAAACUAUAGAUGAUCUGAACUGUACAUAAUGUAUGUUUAUUUGGGGAGGAGGGCUAAAUAACAUAGCAUAGCUAUUUGGUCAAAUUGGCACACAGUAGAUCUAUAACUUUGUAGUUUGUAUUAAGCACAGAGCUAGUAUGACAAACACUACAUUCAUCCACUAACAACAGGCAUGACGUAAAGCAAAGGUACUGAAGUCACAAAAUGCUAUCUCCAAGGUUCUAACUAUAUUAUUCAAAUGCACAGAUUAUAGAUCAGUUCAGUCUUGGUGCAAUCAGACAGAGUGAUUUUGUUCUGUAGGCAUAUGUAAUAGGUGACAGAAUUUUAUGGUCAUAGUGAUAAAUACAUUUUUUCUGUCGAUUGAAUUCAGUAAGUUCAAUCAAAUUAUGUGCUUAAAGCUUAAACAACUCUCUCUCGGUUUCUUCUUAAUCUCUGAUCUCCAUCAAAUCUGCUCCUUCAGCUUCUUUCUCUCUCUCUCUCCCUGUGUUUAGUAAUACAUUCAUUUUUAUUAAACUCAGAUUUAUAAGAACUCAGCGAUAUAAUGAGAGAUGAAUCAAUUCUUUUCUCUUUUUUUGGUUUUAACUGGUAAACAUCUCAUCUGACUGGCCUCUAAAUUUCCAUCUACAAGUUGAGGAAUAAUAAAUAUUAAGAGAAAUUUAAAAACAAAGAAUAUAAAGAGGUGUCAAUAACGUUUCUAUCUCUGUUGCACAUUCACACUCUGAAACUCUCACCAUAAGGUGAAGUUAAACUAGUUGGCUUGUCAGCUAGCUAGUUAAUGUUAGUGUCAGCUUAACCCCAUUUUUUUGCCUCAUGUAAACCCAAAGUUAGCUAGCUAACAAGCAACCAAGUAAAAAACACAAUAGCCAGCUAUACUGACCAUAAUUUGCCACAAAUCCAUAUUGUAUAUGGGUAUUUUUGCUCUUGUAACUAUUUACUGUUUUACUCGGUGUAUUAGAUUUUAAAUAAGGUUUAAUGUUUACUUUAGUGAACUUUUUGUUGACUGAUGUUCCUACAAACUGUAUAAAGGACUUUGCAGAGAUCGUAAAACCAGACACCCUCCCUCAGGUCUGAUAUGAUUGGCUUACAACUUACGAGGUCUUAUAGUGAUUGGCUUACAACUUACUUUGUCUGAUAUGAUUGGCCGAGCCAGCGGUUCUACAUUUUAUGUAUCGUUAGUAAGUUUCUGGUAGCACAGCAGAGGCAAUGCUGCAUUAGAGCAGCAGCAGCACCUCCCCCCAGGUCAUGCCCUGUUAUUACAAUUUAUAGUGAAUAUAGUGAGAAUUUAUAUUGAGAAUAAACUGUAGAUGAUCUGAACUGUACAUAAUGUAUGUUUAUUUGGGGAGGAGGGCUAAAUAACAUAGCAUAGCAUAACAUAGCCUAGCAAUGCCCAUACCCUGUACAGUUGCACAGAGAAAGACUUGUAUAACACAAGAAUAAAAUAUACUUUCGAAACUGAAUCAUGUUGUGUCUUCAGCCCCAAAUGGUUAUUAAGUUUUGUUAAAAGAAAAGGUGGUGUAGCACAGUGGUAAACAUGAUCCCAUCCCAACUUUUUUGGAAAAUGUUUUACGCAUCAAAUUUGAAAUGAGUGCAUAUUUACAGAAACAAACAAACAAAAAAAAACAUAAGGUCGGAUUUGAUAAUUACUGCUUUCUGGUUUUACUGGCAUUUAACAUACUCUAUUUUUUAUUUAUGGAAUUGGGUUUGUACUUAGUAAUAGGUGGAUGGUUUUAUACUUGAGUUUUUCAUAUGAUAAUACUUCUAUGCGAGUAGGCCUAUAUGUGUGAGAGAAAGAAUAUACUUGUUACUCAGCUACGUUGGAGACAUGCACAUUUACCUUUUUUUUCAUUCUGCUGGUGACAGCACUUGGGCCACAUUGUUGUUGCUUAGCAUUUUAUUUUAAACCAAGAGGAUCCCAAAAAGAGAAAUAUUUUCACAGCACUUCUAAAGGGAACUCAGUUCUUGUAGGGGUUAUUGGACGUGAUGUUUAUUUACUCCAACUCAGGUAGUUUUUGGUAGUCUUUUACUGAGACUUGAGUAGUUAGUUAAUAGAAGUGACGACACAGGAUUAUUUUGAUCCUUUGUGGUCGUCUAAGCAUCGAACCUAACAUAAAAAUACCUCAGUCAUUUCCUCUGUCCUUAGGUGUUUAAAAACAAUAUAAAAGAAUUACCGUACUGAGAUAUAAGGUCGUGUCAUUGAUCUUUUUAUGGGGAUAACACAGCAUGGCCAUAGUUUACAUCCAUCCUUAAGAAUCGUUGUUAUUAGGCUUCUGAUUAAUCAUGGUUAGUUUAGACUGGUUCAUGAAGAAAAAAUGACAACAUUAAAAUGAUAUACAAUGCUAUAUAUAAAAUACCUGACACUUCUGGUGGGCGUUACCAGAGAGCGUGUGGGGUUAUCCUAAUGGUAGAGGCGGGGUUUGGGAUAAGCGCGUGACGUCAACCCCUCCGCCUGCCGAGAGCGAAACAAACAUGGCGACAGAGUGGAGUGGACAGGGAUGUAUGCUAACUUUAGUCGUUUUCCUUUGGAGCUCUGUCGGCGGGCGGACGGAGGCAGUGAGCGUCAGCGGCAGCCAGAUAUUGGGCAUGAGGCUAGAGAGGAGCGACAAGCCGGCCACCACGACGGAAGACGGCGUCAUUCAGGUGACGGAGGAGAGCAGCGUCCAGCUCAGGUUUUACGGGCUGCAGCUCAGCUCCGAGUCGUCCGCGCACAUCAGGUUCACGGAGCACGGAGGAGACGGCGGGGACGGAGCUGUGGACACACGCGCGCCUAACAGGACUUGUGUAGACUUUACCAAAGACAUUGGCGUGGGCGCCUACAUGAACGUGAGCGGUCGAGGCACCUCAGGUGUGGUGAGUGUGAGCAUUAAGCCGCUCCGUAAGACUGAGAAGGAGAGGGAGUACAGCCUGUGCGUCAAGGGUCCGGAAGAAGGGUGGUACCUGUUGUCCGAGAACGAUGGCAGGUUAAGGGUGGUGGAGGAGAAGACCUCUCUCCUGCCUCUUUGGCUUCAGAUCAUUCUGGUGGUCUGCCUGCUGGUCCUGUCGGGCAUGUUCAGUGGACUCAACCUGGGGCUCAUGGCCCUGGACCCAAUGGAGCUUCGGAUAGUGCAGAGCUGUGGCACAGAGAAAGAAAAGAGGUAUGCCCGCAAGAUCGAGCCCAUUCGCAGGAAGGGCAACUACCUGCUUUGCUCUUUGUUGCUUGGCAACGUGCUGGUCAACACCACACUCACCAUCUUCCUGGACGACUUGAUCGGCUCUGGCUUGGGUGCCGUGGUGGCAUCCACUGUUGGCAUUGUCAUCUUUGGUGAAAUUGUGCCACAGGCCCUUUGCUCUCGCCAUGGUUUGGCAGUGGGUGCAAACACCAUCCUGCUGACCAAAUUCUUCAUGCUCCUCACAUUGCCGUUGUCUUUUCCCAUCAGCAAGCUCCUGGACUAUGUGCUGGGGCAGGAAAUUGGCACAGUGUACAAUAGGGAGAAGCUGGUGGAGAUGCUCAAGGUGACUGAGCCGUACAACGACUUGGUGAAGGAGGAGCUCAACAUGAUCCAGGGUGCCUUAGAACUGCGGACCAAGACAGUGGAGGACGUGAUGACACCGCUGAACAACUGCUUUAUGAUCCGUUCCGACGCUGUGCUGGACUUCAACACCAUGUCCGAGAUCAUGGAGAGUGGCUACACACGCAUACCUGUUUAUGAAGACGAGAGAUCUAACAUUGUCGACAUCCUCUAUGUCAAGGAUUUAGCAUUUGUUGAUCCAGAUGACUGCACAACACUUAAAACUGUCACCAAGUUUUAUAACCACCCUGUCCACUUUGUCUUCCAUGACACCAAGUUGGAUGCCAUGCUAGAAGAGUUCAAGAAAGGUAAAUCUCACCUGGCCAUAGUGCAGCGGGUGAAUAAUGAGGGAGAAGGAGACCCCUUCUACGAGGUGCUUGGACUUGUUACGCUAGAGGACGUUAUCGAGGAGAUCAUCAAGUCUGAAAUCCUGGAUGAGUCUGAUCUCUACACUGACAACCGAAAUAGGAAGAAGGUAGACCCCAAUAAGAACAAGAGGGACUUCUCAGCCUUCAAGCAAGAAAGUGAAUCCAAGGUGAAGAUCUCUCCCCAGCUCCUCUUAGCAGCUCAUCGGUUCCUGGCCACUGAGGUGAGUCUCUUCAAUCCACUUCAAAUCUCAGACAAGGUCUUACUGCGAAUCCUCAAGCAUCCAGAUGUCAUCCAGGAGAUCAAGUUCAAUGAGAAUGACAAGCGCUCUCAGCAGCACUACUUGUACCAGCGUGGGAAGCCUGUCGACUAUUUCAUCCUCAUCUUGCAGGGCCGAGUGGAAGUGGAGGCAGGCAAUGAGAACAUGAAGUUUGAGACUGGCCCGUUUUCUUACUAUGGAGUCAUGGCAUUAACUACUCCGUGCUUGGCUGUCACCCCCCCUCUCUCCCCCUCUGUGGUGUCGCCCCGGCCGCGGCGCCUUUCUCUUAAGAGGUUUUCUCUGUUCUCUCGCUUCCCAGAGUUCCGCUCACCAUCGCACCUGAGUGGCCUGAACCGCUCUGCCUCGUUGAGCUGCACGGAGAGAGUGGACACACUGUCCAUCAGUGGCAGCAGUUCACAGCUCAAUAACACUCCCACACCUCAGUACAUUCCCGACUUCAACGUGCGCGCCCUCACUGACCUGCAGUUUGUGAAGGUCACCCGCGCUCAAUACCAAAAUGGCCUUUUGGCUUCCAAGUUGGAUAGUACCCCCCAGUCUCCAGAGAGCAAUCACACCCGACUGGACCCAGCUUCUCUAGCACCCCCAACACCUCCAACUAACUCCACGAUUCGCAUUUCAGCACCACUGGCACCCAAAGAGGGCCCAGAUGAGACCACCUCGCUGCUUAAUGACAAGAACAGCCUGUCCAACCAGCGGCCCAGUCACCCCCACCCUCAUAGCCACCCUCAGUCCUAUGCUAAUACCAACUCCAACUCUAACCUCAACCCUAACUCCAGCCCACACCUUCAACCCCACAGUCAUCCCCACCUUCAUAGUUAUUCUAGCUCGAACCCUCACACGCAUCCUCAUGCCCCAAUACACACCAUUUCUCACACCCAUGCACAUACUGAGAGCACAAUCUGACAAAUCAUUUCAGGAGCUGGUUGAUAACAAAGCUCCAGGGAGGACCACAUCCACACACACAUAAAAACGCAGACACAUAUAUCUAUAUAUACUCAAACACUUCCACACAUGCUCCUUGGCUAUCUACAGACUGUAUGCAAACCAAUACACAAGCACAUAGACAGAUGAACUUUGGGGUAGGGUUUUUCUAAUCCUGCAGGCAUGCCAUCUUUUCCUGCUCCUGUGCCCAGCUAGAUAGCACUUCACUAAACUGGUGUUCACAGCUACACAAAGUCUGUUUCAGCAUAUGUAUAUGUUGUGUAAAGACAAGUUUAAAUACUACAUACUCAGUUUGAGAUUAGGAGGCUAUGUCUGACUCAGUCCAUUGGUGGGUGAUGAGGACCAUUGCUAGAACUACUUUUGUCUACUGUCACUUCAGACAUUGCAUGGUGAACACAAAUACCCCUGAACACCCCUGUCUCAAAUAUGUUGAAUAAGUGUUUCUGUAGCAUGCAAAAGCCAAAAAUGCCUUAGAAAUCUUACUUGGGCAUUUUUGAAUAGCGACGUAACAAUGUUUCACUAGUAUAUAAGAGAUAAUUGCAAGAUGUGCACUUUUUAUAAUUUUAGAAUCCAGACCUAAAUGUUUGUAUGGUAUAUAGUUGUCAUUUUUUUUCCUCUCAGUUUUGAGGUUUUUGGACAUAUGACAAGAGAGCUCUUAAGCAUCAAUAGCCUUACGCUACUAUUGCCAAGAGCACUCCAUGGGAACUGUGGUGUCUGUGUUAAACUAACCAUGCCCCAUUUAGCACAAACAAUAUUCUUUUCAAAGAGAAAGUUACAUGUGGUCUGUUUUUGUAGUUUAUUGCACUUGAGUAUUUUCGUGCUUUCGCUCAAGGUUGAAAGCAGAUGUAAUACAAGCCAGGUUUCUUUGGCUUAUCACACUACAGUUUUGGAAUGUACGUACCUGUACAUGUUAAAACGAGGGAAAUUCUCUUGAACUAUGGUUAUGCAAAUAGCUUUAAAAAAAAAAACAAGUAGUGGUUUGAAAUAGUAUAAGCAGAUGGUACAUUUCAGAGAUCUGCCUGUUUUUAUUCGAUGACUCAAUCCAAGCAGAGGAGAUCCAACCACAGCCCAUAGACAUUAAGUACAUAUUAUGUUAUAUAAAUAGAUUAUAAAAUAUUUAUUUUUGCUUAAAUUAAUUUGUGUAUGUAUGAUUUACUUUGAAUUGUUUAUAUUUUAUAUGAUUAGAUUUUAAUAUUUGGACACAGCUGUCAUAUUUUCUUCAUUUGAAAGGAUACGAUCUGCCGAGAUAGUUCAGUACUAAAGUAGUUAACCUGCCACAGUUCUUUUCAACAUACAAACACUUCUUGAACACAUGAAUAUUCAUUUUUGCUGUCAAAGUUGUCAGAGACCUUCACAUGGAAAUGCUCUAAUAUUAGAAUUAGAAGUAGUAAAGUGGGAUACAAAGAACUAAGAAUACAUUCCAGGCCUUGAAAACAACUGUAGCUUUACUGGUGCUGAGACAGAAUCCACUGUGAAUCAACAUCAAACUGUACAUUUAUUGUACUGUAUUGUGCCCCCCCGCCACCAGACCAAAAGCUUUCUUGGAUAAUGGAAAUGGUUCUCCCUUUCUGAUGAAACUAAUCAUAAUGAAAUAUUGUAGUUGGUCCCCAUAGUGUUAUUGUAUUGCUCUAGCAUUGUAUUGUUUCCUGAUACAAUAGCUAUAGCAUGAGCAAACUCCUGUGGUUGCAAAGCUUGUUCUUUCUACUAGACCCAAAUUUCAGUUUAGGUGUUCAGCAGUUCCCAUUUCAUCACUUGGAAAUCAAAGGUUACUAUAAAGGGAGAAUAUUUGAAUCCUUGUCUUCAGUAUUCAUUGCCUAGAGUAGCCUCUGUAAUGUAGUUUGGUGCAUACCGAAAAAGCACCCCAGUUCAUACACUGUCCUGUUAGCCAACAAUAUGUUUAGGUUAAAAUGGCAAUUAAUUUCUCAAAUAAAUGAACGGCAUCAUUUUAUGUUGAACAGUUUGUUGUAUCUAUGUUGAACAGUGUAAAGUGGACUACUGUCCCAUGCUUCUGAGAUAUUUAUAAAAGUUUUGUUGCCUUCAUGAGAGGUCAAAAAAGAGAAGCAAUAGUUAGUUAUUACAGGGGUUUAACGUAAUGAUAUUGCACAAAGAGAGGAAAUGGCUUGGAUGUUACCUCAGUUGACGUUGCGUGUGUGUACAAUUAAGUCAAUAUUCCUUUCGGGUUUGAACCAAACUGUGUUUAGUUUUUUGUGAACAUAAUGUUUAUGACCAUGCAUUACUGUUUAACAUGACCAAAGUUACAAUGCCGCUUUCAAAUUCAUUGAUAAACACAAUGGCCAAAGCUUUUUGCACUUUGAUCUGCCUAUAUCUCCUUCAAUAAUAACAGAGGCGACCCUGCUUGCUAGCGGGGUUUGCAUUGUAGACAGAGACACUCCUGCAGCUCAGAACUAAUUAAAUUCCUUUGGGCUAGAGGUCCAGUCCAGUAAUCUCCUUUUAAUGUUCAUUGCCACUGCUCCUGAAUGACUUGUUGAGGUGUAACUGGCUUUUUCAGUACAGCGUCCUCAGUUUGAUGAUUUGUCAACAGUGGAGGUUAAAGAUUAUGAAUGUUUGCAGGAAAUGGGCCCAUUUUCCACUGUGCAUGAUUUACUUGUCAAUGUUUGCGGUCGUGCGUGUCAUAUGUUGGCCCAAUGGAACAACAAAAGGCCUUGUCCAGCAAACUAGCAUAGGUCUUUUGGCCACUAAGGUACCAUAUCAUUUCUAGAAACAUGCUUGUCUUCCAUGUACUUGCUGUGAAUUUGCCAUAGCAAACUUUCUUCAUUUUUACAAAAAGGAUGUUUUUUUCUUCCUUAAAGGGAAAAAAAGUGUUUCAAUUAUAGUUUUGUGAUGGAGACUGCCCCCCCACCCACCCAUAUGUUUGUUUUGCUGAGGGGUAGAUUUGAAGUGGCUUUCUUUUUACUAUACAAAUCACUGAGUCUGAUUAUUACUAUAUGAUCUGUGUUUCUCUUUUAAGGGAAGAAGAGUGUAACGAGCAAAUGUACUGUACCUCCAAUUAUCUUUGGUUGUUCUAUUUAAAGCAAUGUGUAUAUAGUGUUUUAUAAUAAAUGCUAGAGGAGUUCUGAUGAAUGACAAUAAAUCUGAGAGAUCUAUUUCUCUAUAAAAACAAA